UUAGGAUAAAUCUUGUGUUUCCCCCCCCCCCUGGUUCUUUUUUCCCACUGUUUUUUUCUUUCUUUUUUUUCCCCCGAUCCACUCUAUUUCAUCGACCUUCCUGAGCCGCUUUCUGACCUUGUCAACGAGAUGGGCCUAAUACACCCACUGCUUGUCGUCGGGAUGGUCGGGGGAAGGCGCCGCCCCCUGGCCGCCCUGGAUCUGAAAUCUGCGGAGCCCGGCUGGGACAUGGUGCAAGUUACUAGCAGAAUCCUGUCGUACCUCAACAAUAGCCAACGAUAUAUCGACCUUGAGCUGGCUUUGGCGGAGACAAUGCCCGAUGACGCCUGGAGCCGGGAUGUCGAGGCUGAAUAUUGGCUACGUGAAAAGGAUUUUAAGGCCCUUCCCGAGGAUUGCAGCGAGUCCAGGACCAAGGAGCUUGAAGCAGAAGUCGACCGGCUUAAACAUGAAUGCCUCGCAACCUACGUGCCCAAGUUCCCCGUGAUACAUACCUGUCUGCUCCUCGGCGCCAUCUCGUCCGACUGGGACUCUACGUUCCUGCACAGAGUUGGCCACCGGCCGUGGAACUCGGCGCCCGACUGGGGCGGCAAGUACAUGUGGCAGCCGGGAUGCACCGUCAUCGACCUAACCGACCGCGCCUACGCCUUUGUGCUACCGGCUGAGAAGUCGUGCUGUGAGGGGGACGACCAGCCAUACCCUGCACUCCAGCCAAUUUCCGGUCACCGAUGGCUAAGGGGGUUUGGCCUCCACAGUAAAAACCCCGACUCCGACGAGGUGUGGAUCAGUGGGGGCAAGACGGCGGCACCGGUGAUGUCGAAGCAGGCGCUGCAAGAGGUGUGGCCCUCGUUUCUGCCCGAUGAGAAGAACAACAAGGACAGCAGAGAUGAGCAGAGCAAAGACGAGGGCAACGAUGAUGAGCACGCAACGAGCGAUUGCGACGAAUUAGAAAAUGAUGAUGACGAGAAGGACAGCAGCGGGAGGGCUGAACAGGAAGCACCUGCAUCAAGGCAGCGCAAGAGGGAGCUCGAGGACUCGUCCGACGAACGCGUUGUGGGCAUUGUCGAUCAGCUGCUCGAUUCCUGCCCCAAAGAGCGGCUUCUAGUCCUAAAAGCGACACAAAACUUCCUGCCCGAGCUGGAACGCUAUACACGGGAGCAUCCAGAGCGGUUCGCGGCCGAACACCCGGGCACCGUACCGUUGCUUCUGGCCGCCUUGUCACAAGGCCGGGCUUAUAUCACACACCUCGAACUGAGCCGGUUUAAUGCUUUGUCGGGUGACCAGGUUGUCGAGCUGGUUGAAGCGGUCGUCGCUAGGAACGCAGGGAUGUUGAGGGAAGAGAAGAAGCCCCUGGAGCUGCUUGACCUCUCCUUCAACGCCUCGAUUACGCCUGACGAUAUAGUCUGCAUCCUAAACGUGACAGACCUCAAGGAGCUGCUCAUCUGGGACAAUCCGGGCUUGCCACUGGAGAAGGUGGCCAAGGUGGUGGGUGGCCGUGUUGCCAAGGUUACCACUCGCGCCGGCUUCCUGGCACCAUUGGAGAAGUGGGUAAGGCAGUGCCAUGAGGAUGCCCAAGACCCGGUCCGCGUCCAACCCGCGCCACCCACGGCGCCGACGCGGACGCGCAUCCGCCAGGUUGUGUGGAUGAUGCUCGUGACCCAAAAAGUCGACGACGCCUCGAAGCCGCCGACGGACUUGGAUGCCCAGCGCCGCGUUCCCCUCGGCACACUGAGCCUCGAGGACUUCGACACCGAGACGCUCGCCAUGAUGUUGCAUCCCAUGCGUCACAGGAAGGCGUACUCCCGAAAUGACCGCAAUUGCAUCUUUACCGAACUCGUCACUUUCCCGCACCAUGACGCCUGGACGCCGCUCGCCGAGUUGUAUACGUCUCUGGCGAGUAUCGAGAAGUUUAUGUCCCACAAGUCCAUCGUUGAGAAAGCGAAUGAUCUCAUAACCGAUCGUUGGCCACUGAUCUUCCCUCUUAUGAUGGCUACGGGAAACAUAGAAUCUGAGUGGGCAGUAUCGUCCCCCUUCCCGGCCGAGGCUUUCCACCUCGCCAUGCGGGAGACGCAGUCGUUUAAAAAGCCGAUGAGGAUCUACGGUCCAGACCCCAUCGUGCACGGAGAGCACACGCUGGUGUUUCUGCGGGAGCCGGAUCUCGGGCGCCUGCGGGUAGGGCUUGUAACGCGCGAUGCCGCCGGGCGGCUCGAGGUGCACGACCCGGCCGCCGCCGCUCGUGCGGCCGGCGAAGAGGAGGCAGCGGAGGCGUGGGAACGCGGCGUCGGGGCGCUGCCGGCGUGGACGGACAAGGGAGAAGAGAAGGGGCGACGGUACCGACGCAACACCAUGCUGCUCGACGCGGCCGCCGUUAAAACCAUGUGGGCUGCAGCUGCGGAGCUCGCCGCUCAUGAGUCCGGUGCCAAUCCGACUCACAUGUGAGGGUCGCUUCGGCAAGACUGAAAAUGGGACCAAAAGACUGAAUCGAACCGAUAAUAUAAUAUUUUUCAAGGAAUGUUGUUUCUAUACGCUAGGAAUCUACCUCUCUUUUAAUAUGAUAAUAAAUUGCCCCGGA